AUUAUUCUGAGCACCUACAUUACAGUUUCCUUCAAUAGCGGCAAAAUAUUAUUUUGUAUUUGUGCGUUAUUUGGCGCGAUUAAAUAAGUGUUUCUCAUCUAUGUGAAACCCAGAGAAUCGUGUAACUUUAUUUCCUUUCCUAUCAUUAACUUUAUAGGCUAUAUUUCUUUACUUUGGAGUGUUCAAUACGCAUGGUUUAUCCAAAUUAGUGUUGUACGUGUCAAUCUAAAUAUGCCUAAAGAAAAGAAGUCGUUAUAUACCCGAAAAUACCGAGUUGCUUGGGAAUCCGAUGCUGAACUUAAAGGAUGGAUUGGUCCUGUAUUAGCAGAUGAGACAAAGUCGCUUAGCUGUCCAGUAUGGUACAAGGAUAAUAAGGAUAAUCUAGUAGCCAGUUGUGGAGAGCAUAGUGAGAGAUCUAUAGCAGAGGAUCCAGCUGUUCUGAUAUCGAAGUGCGUAGGAGACCCUGAGUUCAAUAGAACUAAGUUCGAUGAAUCAAUGUAUUCCUCUAUAGUUCGUCCCCGGAUAUCUCUGCGCAUAGAUCCCCAAAAGAAUUAUAUUAAUUAUUAUGAUGAUUAUGAUUAUUAUUAG